GCUGCUGAUAAUAAAGUCCUGCAGUUUGUCGACUGAUGGUUUAUUCUUGAUGGAGCAGCGUUUUGGUAACCAGAGUUGCAGAUUACAUUAAGUUAUAUUAUUCUUUGUUGAGUACUAUUUUAUGUAAAACAGUUUUCUACAUUUACUUCUAUUUUUCCUUGAAUUUAAGCUGUGGAGCAAAUUACUGCAAUAGGCCUAACUUUCGAAAAAACAAAAAUCAAAGAACUCAUGAUUGAAUCUUGCUGCAAAGCAAUUAAGAUGGCAACCUCGUUAAUUGAUUUCGACGUGGAUCCUAGAAGUGCUGAGAAAAUAAAUGAUGCAGGCACUUGUCAAAAUCAUGAAGUUGGCAAUCUACUGGAUAUUGACUCUGCUAUCGAACAUCAGCUGAACGAAUUGAUUAACUUCAAGCAUAAAUCUACAAAUUCAUCAUCGACUACGACCUGCUUACUGGAUUUGGAUGAUUAUGCUUCUGUCGAUAAAUGUGAACCUAUACAACAGAAAGGCAACGUAGAUUUUAUGAAUAGUCAACCUGUUUCAGAAAGAGUAACAUCAGAUGAACUGGUGAGCGCUGGAUCACCAGUCACUCGGAAAGAUGAAAAGAGUGAAAACACCUCAACAAACGUAGGCGAAUUUCCAGCUAGAGAAUUAAGAAAAUCAGCAUUUGUUAUAUCGAUGAUAGAUGAUGAUGCAACUGCUCCAACCAAAGAAAAGGAACUCAUAAUAGUUUAUUCCAAUCCGAUUAGUUGGAUGUUUGAAUAUGCUUCUAAGAUGAAGCUAAAAAAUCCAGUUUUUGUUAAAGAAGAAGUCGAGUGCGGCUUCAAAGUCACUUGUUCAUUUGUCGGUGUAAAGGGAGAGGCAUCAGGCCGCAAUCUGAAAUCUACCAGGACGCAGUCGGCUGAAGAGUGUUUGAAGAAUUUCCAUGCAGCCAUACUUAGCAAAGAUCAGUCGAUCAAUGUCGACUCAUUUAGAAUACAACCACCGAUAGUUGAUGUUGAGUUUACCAUGGAUCAACCACCAAAAAAUGCAGUCGGCAAGUUGUACGAGCAUGCAGCGAAAUGGCAGAACGCGCGUCCUCAAUUCGAUUGUUGCGAAGUGAAAGGCCAGAAAUCAUCAUUCACUGUUACCUGUUCCUAUUUGUGUCACAGAGCAUCAUCAACCAACACUGUCAAACAGAGGGCCAAAAUGGAGGCUGCCCUCAAAGUUUAUGAGAAGUUGGUCAAUGCUCAACAUUCUAUGCUAGUCGAUACAAAAAGACUGUGAAUCAUAUGCUUGGAUUCUAUAUAUUUACCUAAUCAUGUAAUUACUUAUACAGAGUGAAUCAAGUGUAUGGGAACCCUUCAAUAAGUUGGAGACUGUUGUAGAUAUAAUGCUGUAACUCUCAGGAU